CAGUUUAUUCUACUUGUCCGCCCAGCCCAAGCGAGCACGAAACCGACGACGAGACCCGAGAGAGGCCGAGACUUAGAACAUCCGAAAUUCCGAAUCCAUCGCCCCUCCCCCAAGCGACGAGAUGUCUUCACCCGGAGAGUACUACAAUUCGCUUCCACCAAUAAGCAAGGCAUAUGGGACAUUGUGUUUCUUUACCACAGUGCUGGUUCAGCUCCAGAUACUAAACCCAGGCCUUCUUAUUUUAUCUUAUCCCCAUGUGUUCAAGAGUUUUCAGAUAUGGAGGCUAUUUACAAGCUUCUUUUUCCUGGGCAAGUUCUCCAUCAACUUUGGUAUUCGCCUUCUCAUGAUAGCAAGAUAUGGUGUGCAGUUGGAGAAGGGUUCAUUUGAGAAGCGGACAGCAGAUUUCUUGUGGAUGAUGAUAUUUGGUGCAGUCUCGUUACUGGUACUGUCUGCUAUUCCUUAUCUCGAGACUUAUUUAUUGGGUAUUCCUAUGGUUAGCAUGCUUCUUUAUGUCUGGAGCCGAGAGUACCCAAACUCUCAGAUAAGCAUGUAUGGCCUCGUCCAAUUGAGGUCAUUUUAUCUACCAUGGGCUAUGCUUGGAUUGGAUGUGAUAUUUGGCUCUCCAAUAUUGCCUGGCCUUUUGGGCAUUCUGGUUGGACAUCUAUACUACUUCUUUACAGUGUUGCAUCCGCUUGCUAGCGGAAAGAACUACCUCAAGACUCCUAUGUGGGUACACAAGAUUGUUGCUCGAUUCAGGUUGGGCGUGCAGGCAAACUCUCUAGCCCGGCAAGCUAACACUGGCCCUAGUGCCUUCAGAGGAAGAGGCUAUAGACUCAAUCAGUAGACUGCUGCGACGCCUGGCGAUCUACAAGAGGCAUGAACAAGUUAACAUGGAUCCAAUCUAAACUCUGGCAGCUCUAGGAAUCCGGGUUGGGGAUUUUCCCACUUACAAAGAAUGUCGAAUCUGUAAUGUCCUCAUGGAAUAACUAUCGAUGUGCACUUGUGUUGUACCUGCGGAAUAGAGCUGCAUGUCCUCUCUUUCUUCUUUAAGAGCGAAAUCUGCUCAUAUGGUUUUCUUGCUUGCA